AUGGACCUCACGGAGAAGGAUAAGGAGGAGCCGUCGAGGAAAAGGAGGGAGACAAGGAAGGUGCUGGAUCCUGUCAGGAUUGCGGGGAAGAAGAGGAGGAACAAUGAUGACAGGAUUCUUGAGGAGGAUUACAAGAAUGUCUUAAUCGACAAUCCAACCACAGCCACAGUUUCUGAUCCUGUUAUUGAAUCAAGUGCCGAAAAUGAAGUCGAGCAAUCUGGUGCUCAACUGCCAGUCCUUGAGGAUAUCUCGAGGCUGUUUGAUGGUUCGGUGAGUUCUUCAUUGGGCGCCAUGAGACCCCUUGUUGAGAAGCUUGGCAUACUGCUAGCUCCUUCUCAGGAACACUACAAGAGGUUGCCCAAGAGGAUCAAGGAGGGGGUGCACCUUCUCAAGGAUGAUGUUGAAGUGAUAAGCUCCUACCUUGAUGAACUGUCAGAGUUGGAGGACCCUCCCCCGGUGGCCAUAUGCUGGAUGAAUGAGGCACGCGAUUUGUCUUACGAUAUGGUAGAUUACAUUGACAGCUUAUUAUUUGUGCCGCCUGACCGUUUCAUCAAAAAGAGGCUUAAGUGGUACAAACAAAUUGCAUUCAUAGCGCAGGUGUCAGAACAUGGUACCAAGACCAGUAAAAUCAUUCAUGUUAAUGUCCCUCGUCUUCCCAGUAAGCCCAAGAUUGCAGAAACAAUAUCGGAAUUCAGGAUCUAUGUCCAGGAGGCUUUUGAACGGCACGACAGGUAUAAGCUCCAGUGUUGCAGCACCUUGAGGAGGCAUAGAUUCUUGUCCGCUGGCAGUAUGCUUCCAAUGCCCUAUGAUGAAGUUGCACAAAUUGUAAUCGAUGGGCGUAUGAAUGAGUUUAUCUGCUCACUGGCCGCUAAUGAUACGGCAGGUCAGCAGCAGCUCAAGGUGGUAUCUGUUCUUGGAUCUGGGUGUCUUGGUAAAACUACACUUGCCAAUGUGUUGUAUGAAAGAAUUGAGAUGCAAUUCGAAUGCAGAGCUUUCAUCCGAGUGUCCAGAAAGCCUGAUAUGAAGAGACUUUUCAGUGACUUGUUCUCGCAACUCCACAAGAAGCAGCCACUACCUGCCAGCUGUAAUGAGCUUGGCAUCAGCGACAAUACCAGCAAACAUAUGCAACAUAAAAGGUAUCUAAUUGUUAUUGAUGAUUUGUGGGAUGCAUCAGUGUGGGAUAUUAUUAAAUAUGCUUUUCCAAAUGGAAACUGUGGCAGCAGAAUAAUAAUAACUACACAGAUCGAAGAUGUUGCAUUAACAUGUUGCUGUGAUCGUCCAGAGCAUGUUUUCGAGAUGAAACCUCUCGAUGAUGCUCACUCGAGAAUGCUAUUCUUUAACAGGCUUUUUGAGGGCUCCAUAAUCUGGAAGGAUGAUCUUUCGAUGCAAUGGGUAGCUGAAGCCUCCAUCGUUACACAAAAAGGGAAAGGGCAAUAUCAAGACCGGUUGAAGAAAGCUGCAGGAAUCUGUUUUGAUGAACUUAUUGAUAGAAGAUUCAUCCAACCUUCAUAUAUCAACUACAACAAUGAGGUAUUGUCCUGUACGGUCCAUGAUGUAGUACGUGAACUUAUUGCACACAAGUCUGCAGAAGAGAAUUUCAUUGUGGUAGUAGACUACAAUCGAAAGAAUAUAGCACUUUCCCAUAAGGUUCGCCGACUAUCUCUCAUCUUUGGUGAUGCAAAAUAUGCGAAGACACCAGAAAACAUCACAAAGUCACAGGUUCGAUCACUCAGAUUUUUUGGAUUAUUCGACUGUAUGCCUUGUAUUAGAGAUUUCAAGGUUCUUCGUGUCCUAAACCUUCAACUAUCUGGUCAUUGUGGCCUCCAUGACCCCAUAGACCUCACUGGGAUUUCAGAGCUGUUUCAGCUAAGAUAUUUGAAGAUUGCAAGUGAUGUUUGCAUAAAACUACCAAACCAUAUACGAGGGCUGCAAUGUUUGGAAACGCUGGAUGUUAUGGAUGCAACAAGAGUCACUGCUAUUCCAUGGGAUAUUAUACAUCUCCCACACUUGUUCCACCUGGCUCUUCCGGUUGACACAAAUCUGCUAGGCACCAUGACUGAUUCCGUCGUCAGUCUGUGGAGCCUUUGCAAGCUGAACUACCUGCAAGAUCUUUAUCUUACCAUUUCUUCUACACCUUGUUCUGGCCAUCCGGAGAAAAACAUGGAUUCUGUAGGCUCUUUACUAGAAGGACAUGGCAGCCUGAAAAAUAUAGUCGUGUCUCAUGGCCCAUCGGUUAAAGAUAUUGUGGUUCCCGGUGCCUCAAAAGUAAUCAUUUCCUGGGAUGACUUGGAGCCUCCCCCUCUUCUCCAGAGAUUUGAAUGCUCGCCACACAGCUGCGUCAUAUUUUCCCAAAUUCCUAAAUGGCUUAAAGAACUUGGUAACCUGUGCAUUCUGAAGAUGGCAGUAAUGGAACUGCAGAUGAGUUCUGUUGAUAUUCUCAGAGGAUUGCCUGCCCUCAUUGAUCUGUCGCUGUAUGUGCAGUGGGCACCAGGUGAAAGGAUCAUCUUUGACAAGGCGGCCGGGUUCUCAGUUCUCAAGUACUUCAAAUUGAGGUGCACAAGUGGUAUCCCGUGGCUAAAAUUUGAGGCGGAUGCAAUGCCUAAUCUCUGGAAGCUCACGCUAGGUUUCAAUGCCAUUCCCCGAAUGGACCAACAUCAACUAAUCCGCAUCGAGCAUAUGCCAGACCUUAAAGAGAUCUCCGUAAAAUUUGGGGGUGCAGCUGCUCAUAUAGAGUAUGCCGUGAGGUCUGUCGUUAGUAAUCAUCCAAGAAAUCCUACAAUCAACAUGCAAUUGGUGAAUUCUAGUUCCUAUGGUGAUGAAAGCACAGAACAGAGCCUUCCAAUAAACUGGGCUCCCGAGUCAUGUGCGGCCGAUGCGGUUGCUGAUGUGGAGCCACUCCGUCGCCUCUCUGACAACCUCGCCACAGCCUUCCACUCACCGGAUGACUUCGCCUUCCUUGCCGAUAUGUGCAUUGCCGUGCCCGGCGCGCCCGACCUGCACGUGCACCGCUACAUGCUCUCUGUGCGGAGUCCCUUCCUCCGCGCAUUCUUCGCACGCCGCGCCUCUGUGGAGGGCAACAGGUUGGAACUCUGGGAACUUCUGGGCGAGAAGGUGGAGGUCGGGUAUGAGGCACUGCAGCUAGUGCUCGAGUACCUGUACAGCGCCCGCUUCCAUGUCCUUCCCAGGCCAGCAUGUGUCUGCGUCGACAUGGAUGGUUGCGCGCACGUCAGCUGCCACCCCGUCAUCUCCUUCAUGGCGCAGGUCCUCUUUGUUACAUUCACCUUCCAGAUCACCGAGCUCACCAACUACUUCCAGGAGCCAAUACUAAGCCACGUUAUGCCCUUCUUUUCCACACAGCGGCAUCUCCUUGAUGUCCUUGAUGAUGUUGAAGUGGGUAACCUUCCAUUGAUAUUAUCUGUUGCAAACUUGUGCAAUAAAUCUUGCAUGAAACUGCUCGAUAGAUGCCUUGAGAUGGUAGUCCGGUCAAAUCUUGAGAUGAUUACUCUUGAGAAAGCAUUGCCUCCAGAUGUUAUGAAGCAAAUUACUGAUGCACGGCUAAGUCUUGGGUUAGUUUCACCUGAAGACAAGGGAUUUCCUAAGAAACAUGCAAGAAGGAUACUCAGAGCUCUUGACUCUAGUGAUGUGGAGCUGGUGAGGAUGCUGCUCAAGGAAGGGCAGACUAACCUUGAUGAUGCAUUUGCAUUGCACUAUGCUGUAGAACAUUGUAACUCAAAGAUCACAACUGAACUUCUGGACAUUGCACAUGCAAAUGUCAAUCACAGAAAUCCAAGAGGUUAUACUGUUCUUCACAUUGCUGCCAGGCGAAGAGAUCCUAAAAUUCUUGUCUCUCUUUUAACCAAAGGUGCUCGGCCUUCUGAUCUUACAUUUGAUGGAAGAAAAGCAAUUCAAAUAGCAAAGAGACUCACAAAACAUAGGGAUUACUUUGGGAUUACUGAAGAAGGAAAACCGUCUCCUAAAGAUAGGUUAUGCAUUGAGGUACUGGAGCAAGCUGAAAGAUGGGAUCCACAAGUUGGAGAAGCAUCGGUUUCUCUUGCAAGGGUUGGUGACUGUGAACCUGGAAAGUUGUUGUACCUUGAAAACCGAGUUGGUUUGGCAAGGAUACAUUUUCCAGUCGAGGCAAGAGUAGCAAUGGACAUUGCUCAACUGGAUGGUACUUCGGAAUUUAUCCUUGGUUCUAGUGCAGAUCCACCUCCAGAGAUACAACAGGCAACUGUUGAUCUAAAUGAAACUUCUUUGAUAAUGAAUGACGAACACUUGGCUCGGAUGAGGGCCCUCUCCAAAACAGUUGAACUUGUUAGGCGCUUCUUUCCGCGUUGUUCGAAUGUGCUGGACAAGAUCAUGGAUGAUGAAUCUAAGCUGGCUUCUCUCGGAAAAGAAGCAUCCAUGGAGAAGAGGAGGUUCCAUGACGUGCAUGACUCGCUUCAGAAGGCAUUCAGCGAGGACAAGGAGUCGUCUUGUUUGACAAGUUUAUAG